AUGUAAGCACAAAAAUAAAUGUUCACAUUGCCACACUGAAGUAAAAAUAUAUUACAUUUUUCUUAACCAUUAAAUUAUUAUUUUACUUUUUUAUUAUCAGAACAUUCAACAUUCAGUAUUUGGAAAAUUGGAAUUUGAAAGAAGUGUCGUCAUUUUAAUAAAAUGGAAUUCAGUAGCAACUUAGUGAAAGUUCAUUUAGCUAAUUAUCUAGCCAAUUUACCAUUGCCAAAUUCAUUUCUUGGUAUUUUCAAAUUAGGUGGUAAAGAUAUAGUGAGAUUAAUUCCGUUUUAUGCUACGAUUGGCGGGAUAUGUUACCUUUCAUACAGAGUUGUCAAACCAAGACAUCCUGUUAACCCGUCCAUUAAAAAAGAAUCUCCAAAAGUGGUUGAUGGUUUUGACAUUGAAGAGUUAGGUGAAAGUACAGCAUUCUGUCGUUGUUGGAGAAGCUCUAAAUUUCCUUUAUGUGAUGGUGCUCAUAAUAAGUACAAUGUUGAACAAAAGGACAAUGUUGGACCAUUGAUAAUUAAGAAAAAAUAAAUCAUUAUUGCUAGUUUGAAAUCAUUGAAUACAUUUAUAUAAAUGUUUGUUAAUUGUUUUAGUUUAGUCUUAUGUUUUCAUUCAGUUAAAUAGAAUACAUAUUUGCAUUUA